AUAGGAGAGUUGAGGGGAAAAUUCACAGUUGAGAGAGAGAGAGAGAAUGGCUCAAGAGGAAGAGGGUAAUGGGACUGCGAGUAGAUGUAGCGGCCGCAACGGCGACAGCGAAAGCCGGUGGUCGCUUCAAGGAAUGACCGCUCUUGUCACCGGCGGAACCAAAGGAAUUGGGCAUGCCAUUGUGGAGGAGCUAGCGAGGCUUGGGGCCACCGUGUAUACCUGCUCCAGAAAUCAAGCCGAACUUAAUGAAUGCCUGAAAGAUUGGAAGAGCAAGGGUUUCCGAGUCGCGGGUUCAGCUUGCGACGUUUCCUCAGAAUCGGAGCGAGAGAAGCUUAUGCUCAUAGUGUCCUCCGUCUUUGACGGCAAGCUCAACAUCCUGAUAAAUAACGUUGGAACCAACACUCUGAAGCCAACCCUAGAUUACACGGCGGAAGAUUUUUCCUUCAUAAUGACAACUAACUUCGAAUCGGCUUACCAUAUGAGCCAGCUCGCGCAUCCCCUUCUCAAGGCCUCGGGAGCUGGAAGCAUCGUGUUCUUGUCAUCUGUCUGCGGCGUUGUUUCAGUGAAUGUCGGAUCAAUUUACUCAGCUACCAAAGGAGCAAUGAACCAGUUGACCAAGAAUUUGGCAUGCGAAUGGGCCAAGGACAACAUAAGAAGCAACGCUAUUGCACCCUGGUUCAUAGUGACUCCACUAGCCGAGACUCUACUGAGUAACGAGAAGUUCCGUGAGGAGGUGAUAGCACGGACGCCGCUGGGCCGCACCGGAGAGCCAAAGGAGGUGUCGUCGCUGGCGGCCUUCUUGUGCUUGCCGGCAGCCUCUUACAUAACGGGGCAGACCAUUUGUGUGGAUGGAGGGUUCACCGUGAAUGGCUUCUUAUUUCCCAGUGCAUGAGUUCGACUUUCUUCUGCCUCUAAGGUGUUUUUCGUGUAUUGUCGUUGCGGGGACAACGAAGUUUAUUGACCAAUAAUGGCAACAUCAUGUACAUUUAUGUGUGUGCGUAGACAAUUUCAUCAUCAUAUAUAAGGGAGGAAGAGUAUCCUUCCAUGCUA